AUGGUAAUAAAGCUUUUAGAAGCUGGAGUGGAUCCUUGUGCUGCUGAUGAUAGAAAGAGAACAGCCUUGCAUUUUAGUGCUUGCAAAGGUUACACUGAUAUAGCUAUGGUCCUCCUUGAUAGAGGUGCUAAUCCUAAUCAGAAAGAUGUUGUUGGAAAUACACCUCUUCAUUUAGCUGCUUGUACAAGCAAUAUACAAAUGGUCACACUUCUUUUGAAAUCAGGAACUGAUGUGAGUGCUUUGGAUAAUUCAGGUCGAACACCACUUCAUCUUGCCCAGUCAAAAUUAAAAUUAUUACAGAUUGAUACACAGUAUUCAUCUAGUCAAUUGAAAAAAGAAGUUUUGCAGGUUAUAGAUAUGAUGCAAAUAUAUCUACAGAGAUCUGGGAAGUCUGCCGAAGUAGAUUUGCUUAACUCAUUUUCCAGUCGUCUGCACUAUCAUCAGACAAGAGAAGAAGUUGAUUUGGAUGUGAAAGAUUUAUUGUUCAGUUUAUCUCAUCUAAAUCUACAGAAAUCAUGAUGAUUCAUAAAUGAUAUAGUAAAAUAUAGUAAGGGGAAGUGCCUAAUUUUGUGUAUCAAAGAGGAGAGAGAAUUAAUCUUGGAUCAAUAUCAAUUACUUGGGUGGAAAGCAGAAUUCUUAUCUGAUAUACUUUGGUAGUGGUGUUUCCUUAACUGUUUGUUAAUUAACAGAAAUAAUACAAGGAUUUAAUUGUAAAAAUAUCAGCAUUAUUAUAAUUGCUGAGUUAAUGUUUUGUCAGUAAAUAUGUAAAUAUAAUAACAUACAUACUUGAAUGUGUGUACACAUCAUUUCCUUUCUUCAUGUAUAUAAUGAGAAGAAAAUGAUAAAAUUAAAUGUGUAUUUUAUUUUAUUUUAUUCUGUAACAUUAUUAAUUAUAACCUCUGUGGAAUAAAAAGUAACAAAGCAUUGUAAUUUAAUGUAGUAAUAUUUGUCUCAAUAUUCUACAUAAUUAUUGCAAAAUAAAAUAUCUCAAAAUAUA